AUGAGAAAUUAUACAGCAAUAACAACAUUCAUCUUGGUGGGACUUACAGAUGACCCAAAUCUACAGAUUCUGCUUUUUAUCUUUUUGUUCCUAACAUACUUGUUGAGUGUUGUUGGAAAUUUGACCAUCAUCACUCUCACCUUGGUGGAUUCCCACCUUAAAACACCUAUGUAUUUUUUUCUCCGGAAUUUCUCUAUUUUAGAAGUGUCCUUUACCACUGUCUGCAUUCCCAGAUUUCUCUACACAAUGGCAUCUGGGGACAAUAUUGUUACUUAUAAUGCAUGUGCCACUCAAUUAUUCUUUGUUGUUGUCCUGGGAGCAACUGAGUUUUUUCUCCUGGCAGCCAUGUCUUAUGACCGUUAUGUAGCUAUUUGCAAGCCCCUGCAUUAUACAACCAUCAUGAACAGCAGUGUCUGCAUCAGGUUCCUUAUUGGCUGUUACAUGAUUGCUCUGAUCAUCGUUAUCCCACCAUUUGGCAUGAGCUUUAACCUGGAGUUUUGUGACUCCAAUGUGAUAGACCACUUUGGUUGUGAUGCUGCUCCCAUCCUGAAGAUCACCUGCUCCGACACAGAGUUUUUGGAGCAGUUUGUCUUAAUUCUGGCCGUGUUGACCCUCCUUUUCACCUUAGUGUGUGUGAUUAUGUCUUACACAUUCAUCAUCAGGACUAUUCUCAGAUUCCCAUCAGCCCAGCAACGGAAAAAGGCUUUCUCUACUUGUUCUUCCCACAUAAUUGUGGUUUCGAUCACCUAUGGAAGCUGUAUCUUUAUCUAUGUUAAACCAUCUGCAAAAGAAGGGGUAGCUCUUAAUAAAGUGGUUUCUGUGCUUACCACCUCAGUUGCCCCAGUAAUGAAUCCCUUCAUUCAUACUCUGAGGAACAAGCAAGUGGUUCAAGCUUUUAAAGAUUUGAUCAAAAGGAUUGCAUCUAUCUCAAAGAACUAA